AUGGAAGCCGGUGGCCGAGGUGGAGGUAGGGGACGAGGCCGAGGCCGAGGAAAAGGUAGGGGACGGAGACCAGAACCCGAAAGGGUAGAAUAUGAAAAUGGGAACCACCAAGCUAAUAACCAAGUAGCUACAGCCAUACAACGGAUGGCAGAUUUGCUGGCACAAAUGGUGGACCAACAGGGUCAGGGUCAUGGGAAUAAUGCCGGAAACCCUGGAAAUAAUUCGGGCAAUCACGAGGGAGUGGUCCGUGCCUUAGAACGGUUCCAAAAAUUUGCACCCCCGAAAUUCAUCGGUGGAUCUAGCCCUGACUUAGCUGAGGGAUGGAUAGACCGCAUGAUGGAUAUAUUCGCUGCGCUCGGGUAUCCAGAGGAACGGCAGGUCAAUUUCAUCCGUGAGUUUAACGAGAAGUAUUUGCCACCGAUCGUUCAAGAAAGGCGGGAAGAGGACUUUAUCCGCCUGCGUCAAGGGCCGUUAAGUGUGGCAGAGUACAAGACACAAUUUACCAAACUCUCUCGUUUUGCUCCAGAGUUAGUGCUAACAGACCGAAAGAGAAUUCGUCGAUUUGUCCAGGGGUUAAACGUGGAAAUACAAGAGGCACUGGCGGCUGCCCAAUUGGAUACAUUCAGCCAGACCCUGGAAAAGGCACAGCGAAUAGAGACAGCAAGGAGUCAGGUGAAAGCUUUCCGUGACAAGAAGAGAACACCAUCUGACACUGAUACCUACACUGGUGGGCAAAGCUCGGGAAGCGAGUCACCUACUAAGAGGAGUAAGGAAGCCGAUGGUACACGACCAGUGGGGACUCCGAAUCAAGGUAAAACAAGGGAAGAUCAAGCAGGAAAAGGGCCCCAAAGUGGUGUCUCACAUGGGAAAUCGAUGUUCGGAACCAAAAGAAUAUGUGAUGUCUGUGGGGCCACUAAUCAUACGAAAGAUACCUGUUGGAAAGAAGAGAAAAAUCGGCGAUGUUUCCGAUGUGGUAGCAAUGAACACCUAGUUGCUCAGUGCCCUCAGAAGUCGAGGGGAGGAAAUAAAUCAAGGACGAAGGGAACCAUUUCUCAGCCGAUCAGGGACACCGAAG